AUGUCUGAUCUUAGAAAAAUUGCAUUAUCAAAUACUAAUCUUAAAAGUAUGAAUAAUUCUCCACCUAAUUCAGGUACAUCAACUCCAUUAAAAGGAAAAAUGGAAAAAACAGAUUCAGUUUUAAAUUUAACAAAACCAGAACUAUUUGGUUUAUAUAAAAAUGAUUCAUAUGUUGAUUUAAAUAAAGAUUUUAAUGAGACUUCUGAAUCAGAUAUAAAUAUUUUAUUAAAAGCUCAAAGUAAUGAUUCCACUUUAACUCCAAUUACUUCAAAUACAAAUGAAUCAACUUAUAAUAUACCAUUACCUGCAAAAUUAGUGAUUUUAUCAAGUUCAGCAUAUAUUUAUAAUGAAAUUAUAAAACAUAUUAAUUAUAAUCAUUUUAAUGAAAAUCAAUUAGUUAAUUUUCCAUUAACUAUAACUCAUGUAUUUCUUUAUGCAUUUGUUUCAAAAUUUAAAAUUGGUAAUUAUAUAAAUAUAAAUGGUGAUAUUUUAAAAGUUUUUGAUAAUAUUUUUGCAUUAACUUUACAAGGUUUAUUAAUGGCUUCAUUACAUCCAAUAUUUGAUAGAAUUUUACCUAAUUUUUUUACAAGAAGAUUAUUAUCAUCAAAUCCAAAUAAUCAAUCACCUUCAUCAUCAGUGAAUCAAUCAAAUUUUUUUAAUGAUUUAAUUAGAUCAUGUAUUACCUUUUUAGGUAUAAGUUAUGCAAUUAGAAAAAUUGAAUGGAGUAGUUUUUUACAAGUUUCAAUUAUAUGGUCGUUAAUUAAUCCAGGUUUAUGGUUAUUAUUGGAUGGAACAAUUUCAGGAUUUUUAUCUUCAUUAUUAGUUUCAACUUUAGCUUGUGUUAGUAUAUAUACACAAAAUUAUCAAUUUAUAAAUCAAUAUUCAAAAACUUCAGAUGAUAUUAUUGCUUUAUGGUUAUGGAUUGGAUCAUUUUUCUUUUGUGGGAUCAUUAUAUUUGGUAAAAUUGGUAGAGGAAUAUUCGGUCCAAACUAA